CUAGAUAGCCUCCUUCUCAUGAACUCAUCUCCACAGUCGAGCCCAGGUGAAACAAUGGAUCGUACUCAACAGCAGGUUCAAAGGAGCGAGCUUCCAGAAGUUAUUCAAAAUGCUAAAAAACGGGUUGCUGAAAAAUAUAGGCCAAUGCAUCGAACUCUCCGUCUUGACAUCACAAAACCCAACCGCGCUGUUCACAUCGCCGGCACCGCGCUGAAGAUCAACCUGUACAUCAUAGGCCUACUUGCUUUGUCAGGCGUAGCCUAUUCCCCCAAACAGCGACACCUGCCCGUCCCGAGGCUUCAUUCCUAUCUUAGACUGACACCGCAGGCUCGAGGCAGCACGGCAACGGACCACUUGCAGCGCAGAACAGCGCGAGAGCUCAAAGGCUUCUUAACUUGCGACCAAUCACCAUCUCACUAGCUUUCACCUGCUCGUGAUCAGCUGGUGCAGUAGCUUCCUGUGUGUCGGUCAGGACGGAGCAGAACGGAGUACUGUAACAGUAGGACUCAUAGCAGAUAACCAUGCAGCCACAGUCGCGGACGCUAAGAAUUGAAUAUGGAAAAACAACAAGUGUAACAUAUGUUAUUGGGACGGAAGUCACCGUGAACAUAAACAGGAGCGCUCCUCCCAGCUCCAGGUUCUUCUCGGUGAAAUGCAGCCCCCAGGUGCAGAUCAGGAUCAGCCCCGCCCCCUCAGACGCUGGCCCCGCCCCCCUCAGGAGCAGCUCUGUGUUGCUGUUCAGCAUGGACUCCCCCAGCGUGGCUGUGAACGACAGCAAGCUGUCGGUCAUGUACUAUGGGAAGAACAGCGAGGUCCUGGCCAAAGCUGUUCUGCACCUGACUUCAGUUGAGAUCUAUCUGGAUGUGGAUGCUGAUAGGGAUGGCGAGGUGGAGAGGAACAACCCCAACAAGGGAUCCUGGACUUGGGGCCCGGACGGCCAGGGAGCCAUCCUAUUGGUCAACUGUGACUCUGAACGCACCUAUGGGAAGAGAGUGGACAGCGAGCAAAAGGAUGUCACCAGAGUGUCAGAUCUGAAGGACAUGUCUCCGAUGUUGCUGCGGAUCCGAGGCCCCCCCAGCCUGCCAGAAGGCUACAAGCUGGCCCUGCACAUCUCCCAGAAGGAUGGCAGCAGCCUGCGUGUCUUCAGGACCAGGUCCACCGAGGACGUCCACCGCGGCCUGAUUAACCUGUUUUACAGUUCCUUUGUGAAGGACUACCCUCUAGUUGUGGGCAAGGAGAUUCUCUCUCAGGAGGUUCCUUACCGCGGGGGGAACUCAGAGAGCAAGUUCUAUGUGGAGGGCCUCCGGUUUCCCGACAGUGACUUUGAUGGCCUCGUCCAGAUCAACCUCAGUCUGUUAGAACCCAGCUCCAAGGGCUGUCCUGAGACACCCAUCUUCACAGACCGAGUUGUGUUCAGGGUGGCUCCCUGGAUCAUGACACCCAACACCCUCACACCUGUCGAGGUGUUCGUCUGCAGCACCUCUGACAAUGCCCAGUUUGUGAAGGCAGUGAGGAGGCUGGUCCAAGACUAUGGCUGCAAGCUGAAGAUCUGUAGUGAGUUCAAAAACAGAGGAGACCGCUGGAUGCAGGAUGAGAUGGAGUUUGGCUACAUAGACUCUCCUCACCAGCGCUUCCCUGUGGUGCUGGACUCCCCUCGGGACAGAGGCCUGCAGGACUUCCCCUUUGACGAACUGCUGGGCCCAGACUUCGGCUAUGUGUCGCGGCUGGCUAACUCUGAGGAGGUGACCAGCCUGGACUCGUUUGGGAACCUGGAGGUGAGCCCCCCUGUGACAGUGAAUGGGAAGGAAUACCCCCUGGGGAGGAUCAUCAUUGGAGUGGCCUUCCCUACGACGACCCAGGGUCGCAACAUGACAAGGGUGGUUCAGGACUUCCUGUGGGCUCAGAAGGUCCAGGAACCCAUUGCGCUGUACUCUGAUUGGCUCACGGUGGGUCAUGUGGACGAGUUCAUGACCUUUGUUCCCGCUCCUGACAGGAAGGGUUUCCGCCUGCUCUUGGCCAGUCCUGAAGCAGGCUAUAAGGUGUUCAGACGCCUGCAGAUCCACGGACACGGACAGGCCAACAUGUUCGACGGUCUGGGAGAAAAACAGGAAAUCAAAGUGGAUGAUAUUCUGGCAGAUGAGAAACUGCAAGCAGACAAUAACUUUGUCCAGGGCUGCAUUGACUGGAACCGAGAUGUUCUGAAGAGAGAGCUGGGUCUGGAAGAUGAUGACAUCAUCGACCUGCCCAUCCUGUUCAGGGUGGACGAGGAGGACUGCCGUGCAGCAGCCUUCUACCCAGACAUGGUGAACAUGCUGGUGCUGGGGAGGACCCUGGGGGUCCCCAAGCCCUUCGGGCCCCGGGUGGAAGGCCGCUGCGCGCUGGAGGCGGAGAUGAUCCGUCUGAUGGAGCCGCUGGGGCUGAGCUGCACCUUCAUAGACGACUUCUCCAGCUACCACCAGCUGCUGGGAGAGGUGCACUGCGGCUCCAACGUGCGCAGGGAGGCCUUCACCUUCAGGUGGUGGCACCUGCAGGUGUAGGAGGGGGGGCCUGGGGGAGGGGGGGCCUGGGGGAGGGGAGGGAUGAGCCCUGACACAAAUAGAGGAGGAGGAAGGUGAGCUGUUAGAAUGGGUAGAGGAAUAAUGAUAAGAAUCGUAGUUAAAAUGUUAAAGUCAAUAAUCACACUUGAGUUUCAUCUGGACUAACUUAAGUCUUUAUUUUUCUUGGCUUCAUUUACAAAAGGGUGUAAAGCAAUAUUUACAAACAAGACAUCCGAACGAGUACUUAAGCAGGGAUUUAAACGAGAAGGGAAAUACAAUAAUCCAAAUGAAGCACGUUGCAAGAUGGUUGUAUGCCUGGGUUCCUCUCUAGAGAACAGGGACGAGCAGCACACAGCAGCCAGCAGGUCAUGGUCAGCAGGGACCACUAGAGGGCGCAAGCACACAGUGCCACUCUUACCAGAGACCAGUGAGAAAGUUUUGAGAAAAUGCUCCAAGCGAUGAGUUUUGAAUGCCUGCGAUGCAUGUCAGUACAGAUCAUGACGUCGCCAGUGUUGGAGAUUCAAACGCUUCAAUUUAAUCAUGUUGAAACAUAAAACACUUCAUAUGUUUUCUUCUAAAUCUGAUUUAAUCUAGUUUUGGGAUCAAGCAGUGCUGUAUCUGACGGUGUGUAAUGUAGCGCUGGUGUACUAAUGCCACAGCAGACAAAUCUAUUCACAAUCCAGUCCUGUCUACUCCAGCUUAUAGUUUGGAAAUAAAAAUGCUGAGGACACAU